AUGUCGUCCGCCCGCCACGGCCACGACAACUCGCACAACGUCUCGCGCGUCCUGUCCGACCACUUCAACAGCCGUUCAAACAAUGAUACCGAGUCUACACCUCUGCUGCACAACAUCAUCCCCUCGCACAUCCAUCCCGAUGGCGAAAGCGGGCGCAAAGGGUUCCACCCAUCGCACUUCAUCAACGUAGCAUGGCGCUCUGGUAGCAAUGCCGCAAAAUACACAAACCUCCUUUGGCCGUUCGUCAUUGUAGCUAUCGUGCUGCAUUUUGCCGCGCCGGGCAUGCCGAUUGCUAUCUUUGCGACUAGCUACAUCGCCAUGGUGCCGGUGGCCAAUCUUCUGGGUUUCGCGGGUCAGGAGUUUGCGAGGAAGAUGCCGAAGGUGUCUGGAAUCUUGAUCGAGACCGCAUUUGGUUCGAUUGUAGAGAUCAUCCUGUUCAUCAUCUUGAUUGCCAAGCACCAUUCUCAGGAUGGGUCGAGUGAACAUGGAAACCUCAUUCCGGUCAUUCAGGCUGCGAUUUUGGGGUCGAUUAUCACCAACUUGCUUCUUUGCCUUGGACUCUGUUUCUUCGUAGGCGGCCUCCGCCAAAUGUCGCAAAAAUUCCACGCCUCUAUCAGCGAAGUAGGCUCCGGCCUCCUCCUCGUAGCCGGUUUCGGUCUACUCAUCCCCUCAGCCUACUACUCCGCGCUCAAAGGCUCCGCCGUCGCAAAAGCGUCCAAGCACCACGAGUUCACCGAGAAGAUCCUGCAGCACAACGUCCUCAGAAUCAGUCAGGUGACGUCGAUCCUCCUCAUCAUCGCUUUCUGCAUCUUCAUCUGGUACAACGCGCGCUCCCAGCACUCGCUUUUCGAUGAAGUUCUCGAGGCGGACGAGCACGCUGAUCUCGACCACCAUGAAGAUCUUGCGAAGCCCAAGUUUACGUUUACGGAGUGCGUCGUCGCGCUCAUCCUUUCCCUGGCUAUCGUAACUCUCCUCGCCGUCUUCCUCGUCGAGCGCAUCGAAGAUGUAGUCGAGAAUGGCGUGCCAGACCAGUUCCUCGGUCUCAUCAUGCUGCCGCUCGUUGAAAAAGCCGCCGAGCACCUCACCGCCAUCGACGAAGCAUGGGACGGCCAGAUCAACUUCGCGCUCUUCCACUGCAUUGGCCCAAGUAUCCAGACCGCACUCUUCAACGCCCCGCUUGUGGUUCUCGUCGGAUGGGCAAUGGGCAAGGAUAUGGAUCUCAACUUUGAGAUCUUCAUGAUUGUGCUGUUGGUGUUGGCUAUUGUGGUUGUGGGCAAUUUCCUGAGAGAUGGAGAGUCGAACUAUCUGGAGGGGGCUAUGCUUAUCAUCGUCUACGUCAUCGUAGCUGUAGCAGCGUGGUACUAUCCCAACCCCGAUGUCGCUACUUCGAACGGUGCGGAGUAA